GCGAACAGAAGCGAAACUUGAAAUUGUCUUUUUAUGGUGUUGGUUGAGCUGAGGUAACUCGUGAAAAAAAGACACAGAUAGAAAGAUAGGUGGAUAUAGACGAGAAAGAUCAAAGAAGCUUCAACAAAUUGCAAGCAUGAACCUGCCUGCUUGACGACCUUCAGGAAAGCUUCAGAAAGUGACCUAAAUGAUCAAAAACACGACGAUUCUUCCUCAGUAACACUUGGCCUUCUUAGGGUUUCCUGAUGAUCUCAUAAUACUUGGCAAAUGAUCUCUGCGCAUGAAGUAAGGCUACUUAAAACCUAGAGACAGGAGUGCGGUGAGUCCUAUUCAAGAUGGAGUCAGUCAUAUUGUAAUGCUACUUCCAAAUUUUUCCAGAUACAUGUUAAACUCCCCCAUAUGAUACCAGCUGAUACUUCCACAUGCAGAAUUGUUUCUCUGAAGUAACAUCAAAUGUUCAAGUGAAGCCAUUUUUCUUAUAUAAGUUAUUGAUGAACUGCCAUUUGCUUUGGAAAAGAUGCAUGGGUUCUCCACCGUUGAUGGCUUCGUGGAGAUAACUGAAUGCUUGGCAGAGAUGAUUAAAUACAUUGCAAAUGAACCCUCAGUAGGGCUUUUCUAUGUUCAGCAGCAUACUCAAAAUGCGGUGCCCAACACCAUUACUCUCAAGAAUAAUGUUGUGGAUAAAUCUCGAGAGAUGACUUUGCACGCCGAAGAUUCAGAGGAUUCUAUCUCCAUGGUGAAGUCAAUGAAAGAAUGUGGAUUCCCCAUCGCAGAUGAGAUGAUUAGAGACAUCAAGAAAUCUCUAGUGAUCAUGUCUACAAAACAACCAAGAAGAGGGUUAAUCCAUAACCCAGCUUCAGGUUUUCAGAUGGGAAGAACUAGCUCCUGGGGCCCAGCCACUUGGGGUCGUACUGCAGUGUUUGCCCAAGAGGAUAAGGAAAGAAGAAGUAGUUAUUUUCAAUCUGUCUUUAAGUCAGCAAAACAAAAAGCCAGCAACUUCAAGUGGCCACAACUUGAUCCACGAGAAUCAAUACAGACCGAGGGUGAGAAGCUACUGCCAUAUCCUACUACAACACUGUCAGUGACCUCUGCUAGUACAAGCUCAUCUUUGCUGGAUGUGGAAGUAGAUGAGCUGCCCUUGUCAAGUCGGAUUGAAGAUGAGCCACUUCAAGAAGAAGAAGAAAAAGAAGAAGAAGAAGAAGAAGAAGAAGAAGAAGAGAAUGGUGUCAGCUUACCAAGUCCUAAUUUACUGUCGGUUCCGGAAGACUUUGAUGACUUCAAGGCUGAUAAAGAAGCCAAACUGAAGGAGUGGUUGGAAGGGACUGACAACUCAAAAGAUCAUAGAGACAAAAGUGAUGCGAAAGGGCUUUAGGUUGACAACAUUCAGCCACUUCAAAAUUAUCUCUGGCUACAGAUUAUGUACAAAAGGUAUAUGGUGCUAUGAGAUAUUCAUUUUUGGUUCAAGGGUGAAGGUAAGAAAUGUCUUCUCAUACUUCUGUUGGUUCUAUAGACCUUGAACACCUCACUGUAGAAUUGUGAUACCCACAAGUGUACUAUUGAAAGAUAUGUCGAUUUUCAAUAGCACGGAUCUGCAGUCUCUGAAUGGAAAAUAGAAUCGGGCAUCUGCUUUCCUAAUCAGAGAGUUGUACCUUUUAGCAGCUUAGCAUAGCAUGUCACAAUGGCCAUGGAUGGCUCCAGAAGCUAAAUCAUUUCUGCGGAAGUGCUACAAAUGGAUUUGAUGCUUCUGCCCUUAAAGACAAGUUUCCUUAAAGACAAGUUUCCAGUUCUCGCAUUUAUUAUGUGGAUUAAUGCUGAAUGAUGGGAUAAUAGCUUUCAAAUGCACUUUUGCACUUUCGGUUGUUUAGAGAUGAUCGACGUUGGACAAGAUGCUUGAAGCGUGCUGGUCUUGGUUCUUUUUUUUUUUGAGCUAAUGUAAUAGAAGGAUAUUGGAGGAAUAAUGGAAUGAAAGACAAGAUCUUGGCUUUGAUUAUGAAAUAAACUUGAGA